CGACCGUCGAAUCUAAUCCAGUCCAAAUAAUAAUUCUUGUCGAGACCCAGCCAACGAUGUCCAUGGCGGCGACCCGGAUGCUGGCGCGCCGCGCCGCCCCCGGCCUCCUCCGUUCCGCCGCCAGCCCCGGCCUCGCGCUGCCGGCGGUGCUGCAGGCGCAAGGACGGUGGUACCGCGCAGCAGGAGGGGACCCGUCGCCGUCGUUCUACGAGCCGCCGCCGACCCCGGCGAACCUGGGCCUGAGCAUCGUCCCGGAGAAGAAGGCGUUUGUGGUGGAGCGCUUCGGCAAGUACCUCAAGACCCUGUCGUCGGGGAUCCACCUCCUGAUGCCCGGCGUGGACCGCAUCGCCUAUGUGCACUCGCUCAAGGAGGAGGCCAUCCCCAUCCCGGACAACUCGGCAAUCACAAAGGACAACGUCUCGAUACAGAUCGGAGGGGUGCUAUACGUCAAGAUCGUCGACCCCUACAUGGCCUCUUACGGCGUGGAGAACCCCGUCUAUGCUGUCAUCCAACUUGCGCAGACAACCAUGAGGAGUGAACUUGGCAAGAUUACCCUCGACAAGACCUUUGAGGAGAGGGACACGCUCAACACCAACAUUGUGAAGUCAAUCAAUGAGGCAGCAGAAACUUGGGGUUUGAAGUGUCUUCGCUAUGAAAUCAGGGACAUCACUCCUCCAGAUGGAGUCAAGAAGGCCAUGGAGAUGCAGGCCGCAGCAGAGCGCAAGAAACGUGCUCAGAUCCUCGAGUCUGAAGGUGCUAUGAUGGAAAAUGCAAACAAAGCAAAGGGUGAAGCUGAAGCGAUUCUUGCCAGGUCGCAAGCCACUGCUGAAGGGAUCAGGAUGGUCUCAGAGUCGUUUAAAACUGAAGGCAGCACGGAGGCUGCCAGCUUGAGGAUUGCUGAACAGUACAUCAGAGCAUUCAGUGAACUGGCUAGAAGUACGAACACGAUGCUUCUUCCCAGCGACGCAGGCAACCCGGGGACAAUGAUUGCCCAGGCGCUCCAGAUAUACAACCACACGUACAAGCAGAAACUGACGCUGGGAAGCCCCAGCCCCAGCCCCAGCAAGCGGGCAGAAGAGGAGGCUGAUUUGUCCCUUGGGAUGCCAUCCGUGAGCGACCUCGGCACCUUUGAGCACCACAAGUAGAGAGAGUAUCUUCUUUUUUCUUUUCUUUUCUUUUCUGUUAGGAAGGAGAGGAAUGAAUAGCUAGACUGGAUAGAUAGAUUGCUAGGGAGGAAGUGCAACUUUGUCACGAGAGAAGAUUUACUGAUUUGCUAGGAGCAGCUUUGAGAGCAAGCUUUUUGUCUCUCUAUAUGAAUUGAGUUGAGUGGUGUUACACGCACAACCUUUGAAUAUGUUGCAUGAGAUAUUUUAUUAGUUUUGGUGCAACGAUGUUUUCA